AUGGCCACUAAGCUUCUCACCGCGCUAGCUCUGACCACCGGGGUCAUUUCGGCUCCUGCCGCCCUGACGAACUUGCAAAACGUCGUCUUUGGCGAUAGCUACUCGGAUGAAGCUCGCCAUGUCUACAUCGACACUGAUAGUCCGUUCAGUGGAGGCCGUAUAUGGGGGCGAGUGGUCGCCAAAAACACCGUUUAUACGCUUUGGAUCGGCACAAACGACUUGGGUCAAGAUGGCCUUCUCGGAAGGGAGGCUAGUGAUUCAAAAAAGAAGAACACCGUGGACCCGACCUCAACAGUUGACGAUUAUCUGAAAUGUGUCUGGGACGCCAUUGACCAAAGUUACAACGCAGGCGCCAGAAACUUCGUCUUGUUUAAGCUAGACCAAGGAAGGAAACUGAGCAGGAGCAACUGUUACCAUCUCCGAUGCCUAUUCGCCCGUUUCGGAUGUUAUCGCUUCGCCCAGCGCUUUUCAGCUUACCCAGGUGCCCGCGCCGUACAAGACCUGCAAAGGAACCGUCUGUCAGAAGGCCAGCGACCCCCAGUCGAACUACUUGUGGUAAGUUAUAUCAAGUCCUCGGCACCUUUAAAUGACGCCCUCCACCUUUCACCCGCCGCGGAACGACUCAUCGCCAGGGAGUUCCAGCUCGCUAUUAAGGGUGUUUCAAAGUAUGCCAAGAGCUAUGCCAGCUCAGCCUAA